AUGGCUCUAGCAGUGCUUGGAACUGCGAAGAUCUGUAAGGCUGCUCUUCUAAACAGCGUAUAUGAGGUCCACCAUCACCAGAGAACCUCUCUGCUGGAUAUUCUCGAUUUCCAAAAGACCCCUUGCCAAAGCCAUGGACCUGGCGCCCAGGCACAGCUCGACGUGCCUUAUGUCUCGGGUCUCCAUCAGAGCUUACCUCUUCUCAAAGAUAGAAUAUCGGUCGCGCUCAAGACGAGACUCGGACACGGCAAACCCGCGUGCCUGGCCGAGAGAAUGCUGUUUGAGAAUGCUCUCACCGAGUUGCACGGCAAUUUGCCGAAGCGUCCGAUGAUAGAUGGUCCAGUAGAAACCCAUCGACUACUCAUACGCGAACAAAUCUCCGACCUGCUGUUCCGGUCCAGGUCAAGCAUGUCGGAGACUAUUACGUUGAAAGCGAUAGUCUCCUUGUCCACCACACUUUCUUCGAGGCUACCGUUUCUUCUGAAGAAGUUUGGACUCUACGACUGGUCCUACGUGGAACAGGGGUUCGGCCCAGAAUGGGAGAAGUUGGUCCCGCAUGCGGUUGUCGGGUGCCUCCUCUUCGGUCCCGGCGAUCUCUACUCAGACUCGCAGCCAUACGCGAAGAUCUGGGCCCACGAUAUCCUGGUCAAAGAGGGCGCGAAAUACCCCAUACUCGCACGAGAUCUCGCCCUCAUCCCGCCGAAAGCCAGCAGCUGGUCCCUCGAUGACUUGGCCUUCCUCACCAACCACGCCGGAUCGGACCUCAAGGACAACCAAGGGCUCACCCUAGUCCACGCCGCGAUCUUGGACCGCAGGCCGGACGUCGUGCAUCGACUCCUGGAACCGGGAGGCGCCAAGCCGUGGCACCGGAUCUUUAGGAGGCGGUUCUCGCUGUUCCACUUCGCGGCCUCAGUCGGAUGCGAGGCAUGUUACGCGGAAUUGCGAUAUCACCCUGAGAUCCGGCCGGCGGAGGAGACACGGGACCGGAACGGAAUGCUGCCCUUACACGUUGCGGCCCUUCGCGGGCAAGUACAAGUGGUGGAGGCGAUUCUCAAGGCCCACUACGACGGAGAGGAGGAGGACGAAGACUAG